AUGGGCAGGUUCCACUUCCACCUCUUCUUCUUCCUCGUGCUUGCGCUCGCCACCAGCAGCAGCACCAGCGCAGUGGCCACUGCCAACGAUGACGCCGUGCAGCAGCGGAAGGAGGCCAUGGUGCAGGCCCUCGGGGUAGUCACCCGCUUCGACCUGGCCAACACCGACCCCGAAGCAGUGAGGCAGGUGAAGCAGGCGCUCGCGGUGCUGGACCGUGAGGUCCAGGCCCACCCCCAGCGGUGGAAGACCAUUUUCAACGCCGUUGACAAGGCCAUGCAUAGCGGCGCCGACGACCGCAGCAGGGCGGAGGCGUCCUCAAUGGCCAAGGAGCUGCUGGAGCGGGAGUUCGGCCCGUGUCCGAGAUGCCUCAAAAGGGACCUCGGAGUCGAAGAUCUGUAA